AUUCCAUCUAAAGAACCAAUAUAUUAUAUAUAUAUAAAGUAAACUGAAUUCUGGAAAUUGUUUACAACAAUGCCUCCUAAAAAGCGUACCGCCGCCGAAGCUGCUUCUAUUCCACAGACCUCGCGCCGCAGAUCCGGUCGCAUCGGCUUGAGCGGGAAGAAGAGCACGUAUUUCGAGGCCGCCGACGACGACGGUAGCGAUGAGUUGAGCACGGUGAUGCCACCGCGCAAGGCGGCGAAGACGCAGGCGACGCCGAAGAGGGGUAAAAAGGCUGCGUCGGAUGAUGACGAACUGUUAUAUGAAGACGAGAAGAGCGAGUCUGAGAUUGAUAGCGGUGAUGAUGGGGACGGCUAUGUUGAGGAUAAAGAAGAAUCUGAUGAUGAUAAUUCGGAAAGCGAAGGGUCGCUACCACCGGUGGCACAGAAACGCGGCCGCGGGAGACCGGCUAAGACCCCGACUCCGACUAAAGCUACCGCGAAGAAGUCUGCUGCGAAACCCCGGGUCUCAGAUGCGGGUGCGGCUAAGGGGAGGGGGAGGCCGAAGGCUCAGGGUAAAGCUGUGGCUAAGGCGAAAGCGAAAACUAAGUCUGAAGAAUCUGAUGCCGAGGAGGAUGAUGAUGAUGACGAUGACGACGAUGAUGAGGAGGAGAAUUUGAUUACCUUUAUUCCUGCCGUGAAAUUGAGGGAUCUAGAUGGGGUUGAUUAUGAGGACGAACGGCUUCAUAAAAAUACAUUUCUCUUCCUGAAAGAUCUGAAGGCCAAUAAUAAUAGGAAGUGGCUAAAAGCAAACGAUAAAGAAUAUAGGAGGUCCCUGAAAGACUGGGAGUCGUUCGUCGAGACUCUCACGGAGAAGAUCAUCGAGGCCGACGACACCAUUCCAGAACUCCCCAUCAAGGACGUAGUCUUCCGUAUCUACCGCGACGUCCGAUUUAGCAAAGAUCAGACACCGUAUAAACCCCACUACUCAGCCGCGUGGUCGCGAACAGGCAGGAAGGGACCGUACGCGUGCUACUACGUGCACGCCGAGCCCGGGCGCUGCAUAAUCGGCGGCGGGAUCUGGCAUCCGGACGCGGAAGCCCUCGCCCUACUGCGCGCGAGCGUCGACGAACGCCCGCAUCGCAUCCGUCGCGUCCUGAUGAACCCUACGUUCCGGAAGACGUUCCUGCCUGAGGCCAAAGCCAACGAGAAGUCCGUGCUGGCCGCGUUUGCGGCGAAGAACCAGGAGAAUGCGCUGAAGAAGAAACCGAAGGGCUUCCACCCGGAGCACCGAGACAUCGAGCUCCUGAAGCUAAGGAACUACACCAUCGGCACAGAGAUCGAGGAGGCGGAUUUUACUACGGACGAUGCGCAGGAGAAGAUCAUGCGCGUUAUUUCGGCUAUGGUUGAAUUCGUUUCGUUCCUCAAUAGUGUGGUCAAGCCCGAUCCUAAUGUCGAUAGCGACUCUGACGAGGCAGGAGAGUGACGAUGAGGACGAUGAGAUCUAACCCAUGCAGCUUUGGGAGAUGUUGAAAUUUUUGGUAAGAUUCGAUAGUUUGAUGUAUGUAAUUAUAGCUUUAUUAUUCAUUUGGUGGGUGAGUAAGAG